CAACAAGUACUCAGCAUAUGUGGGUACUCCUUCAAGACUAUUGGAAAAGCAUUCCAGGUGAAGCUGGUUGAGGGAAUGCCAAGAGUGUGCAACACUGUCAUCAAGACAUAGGGUGGCUAUUUGAAGAAUCUCAAAUCUCAAAUAUAUUUGUUGUUUUACACUUUUUUGGUUACUAUAUAUUUGAGCUCUUCUUGCCAUAAUUUGGACUUGGUCUUUUACCAAAUAGGACUUUCUUCUAUAUUCCACCCCUACUUUGUCACAACACAACUGAUUGAUUCAAACGCAUUAAGAAGGAAAGAAAUUCCACAAAUGAACUUUUAUUAAGGCACACCUGUUAAUUGAAAUGCAUUCCAGGUGACAACCUCAUGAAGCUGGGUGAGAGAAUGUCAAGAGUGUGCAAAGCUGUCAAGGCGAAGGGUGACUAUUUUGAAGAAUCUCAAAUAUAGAAUAUAUUUUAAUUUGUUUAAAAAACAAUUGUUUACUACAUGAUUCCAUAUGUGUUAUUUCAUAGCUUUGAUAUCUUCACUAUUAUUCUACAACGUAGAUUCUACAACGUAGAAUAAAGUAAAACCCUUGACUGAGUAGGUGUGUCCGAACUUUUGACUGGUAAUGUAUAUAAAAAUAGAGUUAGGGGCCACUCCGCAUCCAAAUUUUGCGAAAGAGCUUUGAUAUUGCUUGGAUAAAACAGUAUGUACAUAGGAUUCUGUUCUGAAAGUGCAUUUAAAAAGGCAGUGGGUGUGCAGUUUGUUACUUUCAGAUUUGUUUAUCAGUUGGUACCAUUUUAGUUCACUGCUCUCUAAAAUGGCUGAUUCAAAAGAAUUAUGGUCAUUACUAGAAUACAUAGACGUUCAUUUGCCAUACUGCAAAAUCUUGGCCAUUUAGAAAAUAAAUGAUGCAUAGCCACUGGUGAUGCCAUACAGGUUUCCAGCCUGUAUUGCCUUGAGUAGCAGCAUUUGGCAUGUAUGUUAGCAUUCAAAUGAAGGUCAGUUGUGUAAUGUCUUUAUAUGUAACAACCCUUCACGUUACACAGCAGAUGGAUUGAUGUUGGCUAAAAGUAAACAGGCAAUGUACUCAAGUGUUGUUGCUAUUGUCAUGCUGCUUUCACACUGCAGGUUAUGGGUGCAUUUUCAGAUGGGUUAGGUUUAGUACUCCUCUUGGGAUCUGCAUGUUUCCACAGGCCACCAUAGCAAUUAUGAGCACACUUGCUGAAUUUAGAUAUUUCCGGCUUGAAAGCACACCAAAAUACACUCAAGAAGAACCUAGUUUAUAAACACCCGAUGCACAGCAUUUAGACCUGGUUGUGGUAAAGUACAAUCAUCACUUGGUGUGAGAGUGGACUAAAUAAUCAUUUCUGUCCUGUAUUAGGAUCACAUCAUGAUGCAACUGAAGUGUAAACUACAAGAAUCAAUGGAUCUCUCACUCAAGACCCCCAACAGCUCAUUCCUCCCAGAUGAUGUCACUGUGGAGUAUAACAAGAUGAAGAUGUACUAUGAGAAACUGAUGGGUUGCUCUAGUAUAGUACAAUUCACUCCAAGAUUGGAUUUGCACACAAAAAGUACCACAUUUGAAUCGCAGUCUGGGAAUGGUAGGAAGCGUGUGCAGGUGUCAACAGGUGUAACAAUGUUAAAUCCUGAGAUUGUCAAAGAUCUUACAACACAUAACCACAAGCCUACAUAUAGGCUCCAAUGCCCAAAGGCAGGUCUUUUCCAGUGCAGGUCCACUGGACUGGUGUUUCUGAUGGAAAGGAAGGGAGAUGUGGUUUACAAGGUGACUCAAUGGGACAGCAGCCUCCUGGGCUCCAGGAUACCAGCAGGACCCCUGUUCAGCAUUGACUGUCCUGAGCAGUCUGUCUGCGAACUGCAUCUCCCACACUGUAUGUGUGAUGAGAAGGAAGACAAUUUGUCCGUGGCCCAUGUUACUGAUGGCAACAUGGAGAUUGUUCAGCCACUCAAGACGACUCCUACACACGUGAUUGUAAACAUCACACACCUCUCCCUCUUUGGCCUCAUCAGAAAUUGGUUCUCCUUCCUCCCGGUCCGAAGCCAGGUGCUGCUGUUCCUCCGACCACAAGGGAACAGACCCCAGAAGCGCAUACUGAAUGUUAUUUUGUUGCCCAAGAAUGUGCCACGUUGUGAGGUGGAACAUCAACAGAACGGAACUACGUUCAUUAUAUCCAACUCCAACUGCACAUUGACUCCUCGAGGAAAAUAUGGCCUCUGCUGUGAGCUGGUGGCAAAUUCUAGCAUACAGCCAAAAAGUGGGCAGUUAGACUAUGACUACAGCCCAAACUUCCACCCCACAUUUCAGGUGUUUUUAGACUGCAUGUCGGGUGUAGAGAACAUCAGACUGAGUCUUUUAGACAGAGGAAGUAACGACCAAAGAGUGUGGGAGAGUCUAGUUCCAAUAGGUUAGAUCAAAUGCCAGUUUGUUAUGAACCUGUACACCCCUCACCCCCUACUUAUUUAAACUGUAUUCAACACACUGAACAGUCCUCACCCCCUACUUAUUUAAACUGUAUACAACACACUGUACACCCCUCACCCCCUACUUAUUUAAACUGUGCUCAACACACUGUACACCCCUCACCCCCUACUUAUUUAAACUGUAUACAACACACUGAACAGUCCUCACCCCCUACUUAUUUAAACUGUAUACAACACACUGUACACCCCUCACCCCCUACUUAUUUAAACUGUGCUCAACACACUGUACACCCCUCACCCCCUACUUAUUUAAACUGUGUUCAACACACUGUACACCCCUCACCCCCUACUUAUUUAAACUGUGCUCAACACACUGUACACCCCUCACCCCCUACUUAUUUAAACUGUGCUCAACACACUGUACACCCCUCACCCCUUCUUAUUUAAACUGUGCUCAACACACUGUACACCCCUCACCCCCUACUUAUUUAAACUGUGUUCAACACACUGUACACCCCUCACCCCCUACUUAUUUAAACUGUGUUCAACACACUGUACACCCCUCACCCCUACUUAUUUAAACUGUGCUCAACACACUGUACACCCCUCACCCCCUUCUUAUUUAAACUGUAUACAACACACUGUACACCCCUUACCCCCUACUUAUUUAAACUGUAUACAACACACUGUACACCCCUCACCCCCUAAUUAUUUAAACUGUGUUCAACACACUGUACACCCCUCACCCCCUACUUAUUUAAACUGUAUACAACACACUGUACACCCCUCACCCCCUACUUAUUUCAACUGUGUUCAACACACUGUACACCCCUCACCCACUUCUUAUUUAAACUGUAUACACACUGUACACCCCUCACCCCCUACUUAUUUCAACUGUGUUCAACACACUGUACACCCCUCACCCACUUCUUAUUUAAACUGUAUACAACACACUGUACACC